AUGAUAAAUGCAUAUGGAUUGAACGGGAUGGGUGUCGAGGCUGUGGAAUUGUAUAGAAGAACUCCUGUUGACAUGCGUGAUGAAGUAUGCCGUAUAUGUGCGCUGAAUGCCUGCUCCCAUACCGGUUUGCUGAACGAAUGUCGUCAUAUAUUCGACCAGACACAUCACAAAACAGAGAAGAUUGUGACCACAAUGGUUGAUUGUUUGAGUCGUUUGACCAUGUUUGAUGAAGCAGAAUUAAUCAUCGAAGAUUAUGAAAAGACAAAUCCGCCUUCGUCUGCUAUGUACAUGGCAUUGCUCUCUGGAGCGCGCAAUGUUCGUGAUUCGAAUCUGUCUAAUCGAAUCUACAAGAAAAUGCAACUAUUGUUCUCUGAUGAGAAAGACACACUCAUAGCUGGUUCCGUUCUCUUGUCAAACAUUUAUUCGUCGAUCGGUGAUCAUCAUCGUGCAGGAGAUAUCCGAACCAAUAGAAUCAAACAGUUUGGAUACAAUGUGAAAGUUGGCUUAUCUUGGACUUCGGUGAACAAUCAACUGGUGCGAUUCAAAGCUCAUGAUCAUUCUCAUCCUCAAUCAGAGGAGAUCUAUGAAGAACUGCAACGUUUAUCGUGUGAGCUUCGUGAACAUGGUCACACAUUCGACAGCAGUUGGAUCACUCGUCCAGUGAACGAGGAUGAAACAGUGGAAAGUGUGUUGUGUGGUCAUAGCGAAAAGUUGGCGAUUGCAUUCAACUUCAUUCAACAACCGCCUCCUUCCAUCAUACAAAUCAGUAAAAAUCUUCGCAUUUGUGGUGAUUGUCAUGCUGCUACGAAACUCAUAACGAAACUGCGUCGGUGUGAAAUCAUCAUUCGGGAUACAAAUCGAAUUCAUCAUUUUUCCAAUGGAGAGUGUUCAUGUCAAGAUCAUUUCUGA